UUCUGUUUUUAGAGCAGCAGCGUCACAUGUUUUUCUGCACGGUCACAGCAGCUGCUGGUCUGGUCGGAAUACACGGCCGACACAGCCGCUAUGAAUUAAAUUAAAAGGCGUUUUGGUCGGAGUUCAUCCAGAGAAGAAGAAGAAAGGGGUUAGUUGUGCGUGGAACUUGCAAAAGAAAAGAAGAGAAAUGGCGAGUCCUCCGGCAACGGGGGGACGCCUGUUAUCUAACGGGACAAACGGCGUGAAGAAGUGCGGGCACCUGAAGAAGCAGAAGCACGGGCAGAAGCGGUUUUUUGUGCUCCGGGAGCCCACAGAUCGAUGUCCCGCGCGGCUGGAGUAUUAUGAAAGCGAGAAGAAAUGGAAAAACAAGUCGGCCCCCAAGCGGGUGAUAACUUUGGACUCGUGUCUGUGCGUAAACAAACGCGCCGACGCCAAACACAAGUACCUGAUCGCCCUCUACACCAAGGACGAGUACUUUGCUGUAGCUGCAGACAACGAGCAGGAGCAGGAGAACUGGUACAGGGUUCUAACGGAGCUGAUCGCUGAAAGCAAAGUGUACAACACCCCCACGUCCACGUCCUCUUUAGUGGGCUUUGAGGAGACCAGCUAUGGACUCAUUACUCCUGCAAAUGCUGCUUAUAAGGAGGUCUGGCAGGUCAACUUGAAAGCUAAAGGCCUAGGUCAGACCAAGAACCUCAUAGGGGUCUACAGGUUAUGUUUGUCCAGUCGGACCAUCAGUUUUGUCAAGCUGAAUUCGGAAACACCUGCUGUCAGUUUGCAGCUCAUGAACAUCCGGAGAUGUGGCCACUCUGAUAGUUUCUUCUUCAUCGAGGUGGGCCGCUCAGCUGUCACUGGGUCUGGGGAGUUCUGGAUGCAGGCAGAAGAUGCUGUAGUGGCACAGAACAUCCAUGAGACGAUCUUGGAGGCCAUGAAGGAGCUGUCUGAGUUCAGGCCACGGAGCAAAAGUCAGUCGGCCAGCACUAACCCAAUAUCUGUGCCCACGCGACGCAACAUCAGCAAUCUCCCCCCGAGUCAGACGGGUUUGGUGAGGAGAUCCAGAACAGAUAGUACAGCGGCCACAUCUCCUGGGAGGAAGUUUACAUCCUGUCGUAUAAGGACGGCCAGCGAGGGAGAUGGGAGCAUGAGUCAACUUGCAUCGAUAUCCAUAUCCGUGAACGGGAGUCCCACCAGUCCAAAUUCUGGGAAUCACCUCAUCAGGUCACACACCCUCAGCAGCGGGCGCACCUGCAGGAUCUUGGAGAUCUCCACCAACCUGAAUCACAGCCAUUCUGUGCCAGUGUCCAACUCUCCUCCAGCUGCCUCCAGCCCCCUCAGCAUGUCUCCCAGAGGUGGUGCUCACAUCACCACCCCUGAUAAAGUCAGACGGCCAUUCAGCUGCAGUGCCUCCGUUUCUGGCUCCCUCAGUGACACCGGGUUCAUGCUGUGCGAUGACUACAGCUCAAGUCCUGGUGAUACCAAGUUUCUCCCUUUGAUCCGAAGUGACACCCCUGACUCUCUGUCCAGUACACCCCCAACCCGUGACAUUAACGAUCCUUGUGGCUACGUAAUGAUGGAUGGCAACAGAUUCGGUGCUGGCAGUGAAAGUCUGGCAUACAGGAAGAGGACCCACUCCCUUACGACACCACGGCAGCAGAGAGUGGUGGCACCACUGUCUUCAGCCUCCCUGGAUGAGCACACACUCAUGAAAAUGACCCAUGGACAGAACUCUCACUCUGCCUCUCCUAAGGUUUGUUACCCAGAGGAUUAUGGAGACAUUGAAAUCGGUUCCUCAAGGAGCUCCAGCAGCAACCUAGGGGAAGAUGGCUACAUGCCUAUGACUCCGGGCGUCGCGCCACACUCUGGUAAGGCGGACAAUUAUGUACCCAUGAGCCCCAUGUGUGUCUCAUCACCGAAGCAGAUUGUGAAUCCCAGGGUUCAUCCUCAGGUAUCUGCCAAUGGGGGCUACAAAUCUAAUUCCCCGUGCAGCAGCUCUUUGGAGGACAAUGGCUACAUGAGAAUGUGGUGUGGCUCCAAAGCCUCCAUGGAGAGUCCAGACAGACAUGGUGAUUACAUGAAUAUGUCAUCUGGAAACCCACCUUCGCGUCAAACUCCUCCUGACUACUACUUGAGCUUGAUGGCAGGUGAGCCUUCAGCCGUGAGGCCAACAUACCAGGCAAGCUCCCUCACGCCCCCUGCUAAACUUCAGUCAUCCAAGAAUGAAGAUGACAACCAGUACGUGUUGAUGAGCCCCCAAAACACAAGGCAGAAGACAACGGAGUCGGACUACUAUUCUGUGAUGCAACCCAGCACAGUUCAGGCCUCACCGUUAAGCCCUACAGGACCCUCCCCAGUGAGAUACGGCCGGGUAGACAGCCUGUCCCAUAAAGGGAAACUAGGAAGACCUAACAGGCUAUCAUUGGACACCUUGAGGACCCUUCCCAAAAUGAAUGAAUACCCUCUGCCCGGAGAGCCUCGGAGCCCAGGGGAGUACAUUAACAUUGACUUUGGCAGCACCAGAUUCUCUUCACUCUCCGAGUCCUCAGAGAGACGAUCUUCAUCUCUGUGCUCCAGUGGACAUGGCCAGAGGACAGACUACAUGAACCUUGAGCCAGGCUCACGCUCACCAAGGGAGGCUGACACUCACGCUGAGUGUUUGGAUGUGCUCCCAGAAUUACCCAUGUGCCCCUGCUCAGAGGAGGAUGGCAUCUGCAGUCAUGAUGGUGAAAAGACAUCGCAGACCCUCAGUGAUGAGGCCAAAAGUGACUAUACUCAGUUGGCGUUUGGGAUGACCAGCUCACCUCCACAGCUUGUUCCUCAGACCACAGCAAGUGGCAAAAACAACCGGGAGAGGAGGCAUUCUCUGGAGGAUCGUGGCGUCCCAGAUGGCAUUGGGGCCUUCUUACUUGGGGGCGCCUCUUCCACAGUGGAUCCCGACUGCACUGCCAAGGUGGUCAGAGCUAAUCCUCAGGGUCGCCGGCGCCACAGCUCUGAGACCUUCUCCUCUACAGCCACCGUGACACCUGUUUUCCCCUCGCUUGCCCGCACCGAUGCGUUAAAGAGGCACAGCUCGGUGGAGAACAUCUCUGCCCGCAGUAGCGAGGGCUCCGAUGAGGAAUACGGCAGCCCCGUGAACCGGCAGAUGUCGGCUGGCUACCCAAACGGACUCAGUUACAUUGCCUUGAACCUGCUGGACAGUAGAGAUGUGAAGAAAUGUGAGGAUCUUGUUGGUUUCAAACCCACCAGCAGCUGCAAGGGGGGCAUCAACGGAUUGCACGGCUCGCCAUAUGUCUGCUUGGGCUUCAAGGAGGCUGCAACCACUGCCAAUGACUAAGGACUUCUUGCAUGCUCUCAUCUGGUGACGUCUCCGGUUUGCUGCUGGGAAUGUCUGCUGGGUUCCAUAGACCCUCUGCAACACCCCCCACUCCCACUCCAAUGCACAUGAUGCACACAAACCAGCAGCUUGUCAUCUAAAAGCGUCUGCUGGGGACAGGAACAGGGACAUACCUGUGUCUGGAUAGUUAUGAUGCAUCGGCGGGUCUCAUGUUCCCUGCGCUUUAUCUUUCGACCUGAAUUUCAGCGCAAGCACAGAAGCAGAGAUGCUCCGAGAAAACUGAUAUUUUGAUGGCAUCCAGAUAGUGUUUAUUUAUUUGAGGCCGGGUUUAUGACUGCAUUUGUGUGUCGGUGAGCAGUUUAUCUAUGAAACCUCCUGCAUAAAUGCACCACAGCCCUGAGAGGUACACUGAAUCUUUAACUAUAUUUAAAUUAGAUGUUUUAUUUAUUUUUGAAAGAGAUUGUCUGGUUAUGACCGACCUUAUGCCUUAAUGUCUGCAUUGUCCUUAUGUUUUCUAUGGAAUAAGAGAUACAUAUUCUAUUAUUGUAUGUCUAUUUUGACCUGUAGCUCUAUAGUGUUAUUCUCUUGUGCAAAGUAAAGCCCUAGUUUACCAUUGAACUAAAUCUUAUUUACAAAUUGUACAGUGCGGCUGCUUUAGAUUGGGUUCGUCAAAGGCUUUAAAGUAUUUUUCGUAAUUGCUAAUUAUUUAUUCUGGCCUAGUUUGCAUCCAAUCAAAGCACCGUAGAGAAUUAUAUUUCUAAAUGUCUUUAAUGUCUUUCUAACUCAGACUCCACAAACACCAGGCAUCUGAAUGCACGGUACCUCCUGUAGUUCCUCAGUCACUUGAGCCUGAAAACCUCACACGCUCCUACCUUCAAUCCCCGGCGCCUGCCGUCCAGCAUGACGCAGGUCGUUCUGCUGUGAUAUCACAAGACGGUACAACAGUGUAGUCAAACUGAUGAUAAAUGGGUGGAGCCGUCGGGGUCGACAUAGUUAUUUCCAGUCAGCAAGGGAAGUGCUAAAGUGAAGGGAACAAGCAGCAGUUCCAGGAAUAACCUGGUGCCAUCUUGGAGGUUCUAUAAAAAAAUUAAUCUGGUGAUUCAUUGAUGUACAGUGUACACUAGCAACUGGAAACCAGCCACUGUUAUAUGGUUCUGGGUGUAUGUGCAACAAGGGAUUGGAAGAAAAGUAUUCGUCCAAGUAUUUUAAGGUGUGUGCAAAGACUUCUUGAUUCCAUCAACGAAAGCCAACUGGACAAACUUUGGCCUAGAUCGGACCUCAUUACCUGGGACUUGUUUUUAAUAAAUUAAAUAUAUUCUUAUAAAUUUCAUGACACAAGUCCAGAGCAGUGAUGCUGAUGAAAAUGUAGUUUCCCUUCGUUUUUGAGUUCUUUACCCCAAACAUAUAUUAUGCCCACCUCAAUUAUUCCCAGUCAUACAUGCAACUGAGAUUUGCAAAUCAGCUCAACUUGAGAAUUUCUGAAUCUAUAUAUCCUCAAAACAUAUUAAUCAAUGAUCUCAACAUUGUUUUUGAAAGUUAUUUAAGACUGUUUAUUAAUGCUUAAUUAAAAACAAUACAUUUUUAUUUUUCAAAAUUCAAGCAUUCAAGGAAAAACUAUGAAGAAAAGAACUGAAGCGGUUCCCCUUCAGCGAUUCCAUACAUUUAAAACAAAGCUUUUUUGGUUCAUGUACAUUCACCGUUUGUACGUGUCCAUCCUUAAAUGUCAUGAUUCCAAACAUGAAACAUCACCAGACAAGAAAUCAGCUGUCUCUGUUGUGGACCUCCAUAAUGGUGGCUAGUGACUAACGUUAGCUACAAGUGCAUACGGCUCCAACUGGCUCACAGAAACCAUUUUUUUUUAGCUCCGAUUGUAAAACACGUAAUCGUGCCUGAAUGUUGAAUGCUGAGCACCUGGUGGGAAUGCCACAUAGAUGUAAUGGUGGAAUCGGUUAAAAUAAUGUUAAAGUUAUACCACGCUGAUGGUAUCUAUUUAUCUCCAGUCCUGUAAAAGUGUACAUAGAGUUUAACUAAAAUAUGUAUAUUUAAAAAAUAAUAAAGUUCCUAGAUUUUGCCUAUGUUGAAAUGAUAUUCCUGUGUAAAGACUUUGACUCUCGAUUUUUAAAGAGGGGAUUUGUUUCAGGGUCGUAAAAGUGUAUAGAAUGCUUUUCUCCUUCACAAUCUCUGACGAAGUGAAAAAAAAUUGCUUUGUCCAUUUUAUUAUAGAGAUUACUUUGCCUUGUCAACACACUUUACCAAACCACAUAUGCAAUAGUGACAUGAAUACAGUCUAGUUUACAACAGUGGAACCAAAUUGAACAUUGCAUUGAUGAUUUAUUUUCUUUGCUACAUGUACUUUUUUGUGUUUUUGGCUGGGAUUUUUGGUCUUUCGACAUGUCUCAAAGCGCGUUUAUGCUUUUACCCUGUUCCUGUGAAUGAUGAAAUUUUGCUUUUUUUCAGACAAUUCUUGGGUUGGAUCACUUUGAAUGUGUUGUUGUCUUCCAUUGUACAUACUUCAGUAUAAUGUUUAUUGUGAUGCUCACAAAAUGAUUAUAAUGAUUUAUGAAUUCUGAUAGUCAAGUAUUGUUUUUCUCUGUACGGAUGAAGAAUAGCAACCUUCAGAAAUAAAUUAAUUUCUUU